AUGUCUUCAUCAGAGGUAAACCUAGAAGAAUGUCGAAUUCCACUUGAGGAGAUCAUUCGGGCCACACAAAACUUCAGUUCAGACAAUUGGGUCGGAGAUGGUGGAUUUGGUAACGUGUACAGAGGACAACUCUUUGAACGCUGGACAAACCACUUAGUAGCUAUCAAACGCCUUGAUCGUAAUAGUUAUCAAGGAACCAACGAGUUCGCUAAAGAACUCAACUUGGUUUCAAGUUUCAACUAUCCAAACAUCAUCCCAUUUUUUGGCUACUGUGAUGAUGCAAACGAAAAAAUUAUAGUUUUCAAGAGACGUUGUCUAACAUGGGAACAACGCUUGAAGAUAUGUUUGGGGGCAGCAAAAGGAGUCAAGUACCUUCACUCGGGUGUUGAGGAGCACAACAGAGUAAUUCAUACAGAUUUCAAGAGUGCAAAUAUAUUGUUAGAUGAUAAUCUCGAAGCCAAAAUAUGUGAUUUUGGUUUGUCAAGAUUAAGUCCAAGAAAUCAGCCAGGAUACCCAUGUCAGUACAAGAGCUGCUGGUACAAGAUAUCUAGUGGGAUGAUGGCUUAUCAUGCAAGGCGGUUUGAAGAUACUAACGAACUAUAUCUGAUCGACCUCGUCCGAAGCUACUAUGAUGAUAAUGGACUUGUUGACGGACUUGAAAAGUUAAUAGAUCCCAUUAUCAGAGCUCAAAUUGAUAUGAGUUCCUUUGAAAAAUUUAAUGAAAUUGCACAUGAGUGCAUUAACGUGGACGUAAGGAAACGCCCUAUGGUGGAUAGGAUCAUCAAUACAAUUGCGGAUGCAUUAAAUAUUCAAGUAAGUCUUUUGUUAUACUUAUUUUGA